AGGUUCCAGUUCCGUGGGCCUUGGCCGGAAGGAUCUCAUAAGAGACCGCAGCCUCGAUAGGAAGAGCUCCCGCAGCGACAGCAAGAGGCCCCGGCAGCCGCCGCCGCGGCUCGAGCGCGCUUUCUGUUACGAAGGGCACAAAGCGGCAUGCAGGAGCUGCAGGGGCUCACCGUCGGAGAGCUCAAGGCCAUGGCGGCGCAGGCGGACAAGGACAUCAAGGAGUACGCCAGGAGCCGCUGCAAAAAAAAGGCGAUGGAGGAGAUGAAGAAGAAACAGCGGAUCGAGAAGGAGAUCGCCCGCCUCGAAGGCUGCGGGGCGGACGACGCCACCGCCGGGGCCUCGCGCACGACCGCCCUCCUCGACGUGUGCGACGAGAAGACCUAUGAGGAGGAGUACGAGAAGAUCGAGAGGCAGGUCACACCCGACGCCGACGCCACGCAGGUCGAGGAGGUCGAUGCGGGUGCGGCUGCCCCCGCCGCAGACGCCGGCGCUGCGCAGCCCGAGGCGUCGCUGAUAAAUGCGCCGGAGCUGCCGGACACCUUCCGGCGGAACAGCAUCGCCUGAGCGGGUUGGCCAGCUGGCCGCUUCCUUGCGGCACGCCCUUCCUCGAUUUCAUGGCGCCAGCAUCGCAGAACGGAUUUCGCUCGAAAUCACUCGCAAAGCGGCACCAGACACAUGCAAGGUAAGAAGCCUCGAUUGACUUAGGAGUGCGUCCGUUGCGGAGUUUCAGAAUACUCUGCAAGCCGGUGGCGCGGGAACGCAUGCCGAGCAUGUGUUUUGCCAUCCUCUUGUAUUUUUUAUUCCCUAUACAGCCGUCGUGGCGCUAACCUUUCGAAUCGCCUCUUCAGGAGGAGUAAGUACAGGUGCGCGCCGUGCGACUGCACACGGCGGCGCGAGCAGUUUCAAGCCCGCCGCGUAGUAGCCAAUUGCAGUGCGGGUCGGAUGGUGUGGGGCAACGGUGGGGGAAUUGGAAGGAAGGUUAUUAUAAGUAUUUCGAGGCCGAAGGGGCGCCUCGAGUCGUUUUAAGCUGGAACUAUCACUGGGCGGCAUUUCUUCGUCG